CUUAAACAUGUUUCUACCAACAAACCACACAAACACCACAAUGGACCCAAGGAUCUCCUUCUCCAAUGACUUUGCAGACAGCACACAACAGCAGCACAAACCCAUGUACGAGAGCAACUACAGAGAAGCCCCUGUGUCGUCGGAUUUCGAAUUCUCGGUCAAAGACUUCGCCUUGAUACCGGCUGAUGAGAUCUUCUUCAAGGGUGUGAUUGUGCCAUUGAAGGAGGAGGAGGAUCAUCACCAAGGGAGGAGGAUGAUGACAUUGAGGGAAGAGUUGAUGGUUGAUGUUGAUCACCACCACCAUGGCCAGUUGCCAAGGGUGCCUAAGAUUUCCUCAGGUUGGUGGAAGGAGAAGUUGGGGUUGAAGAGGGGUGGCCACAACACUAACAAUGUUGUUGUUGGUGUGGUGGGCAAAAGAGGUGAAAGGAAUGGUGAUGGGAUUUUGGAGAGGAUUGAAGAGAAGAGGGCUUCUUCUUUUGUUCAUGGAGAGAGGCUAAGUUUAGGGAGUGCUAACUGAAGGAGAGGUGGUGAAGUUUGUUUCAGAGAAAUUAUGAGGGAUGAUUUGAGGUGCAAAUAUGAGGGAUUUGGGGGGAAAGGGCAGAAAGAAUUAUCAUCAUGUCUCUUAACUCAUGAGAAAUUGGCAAGGCAAAAAGUUGGAAUUUUGGUUCUAAUUCUGACAAUUCUCCUCUUCUUCUUCUUCUUCUUCUUCUUCUUCUUCUUCUUCUUCUUCUUCUUCUAGUUGGAAUUUUGGUUCUAAUUCUGACAAUUCUCCUCCUCCUCCUCUUCUUCUUCUUCUUCUUCUUCUUCUUCUUCUUCUUCUUUUGUAACAUUGUUCUGUGCCUUUGUUCCUUAGAUGAAGCUAUGUUAUGUACAAAGAAAAGGUUUGAUCAGUA